CACGAUAGUUCUACAGUAAUGGCUGUCUAUAGGAAGAAUGGAGGUCGAAGCUCUUAUGCUAAAGAAAAAGAUAAAAGACUGCAGAACCCGUUACAAUGGCGAUGCAGACCAGCAACAACGCAGAAAAAAGUUUUCAUUUCCGGCCAGACUUAUUUGUGCAGAUUGUUAUGAGACUCACUUGGACGAGUAUCUGAGUGAUGACGCCCCAUUUGAUAUAUGCAGUUGUCAGUUUGCUUUGCACUACUCAUGGUCAACUGAAGCACGAGCAAGGAGAGCAUUGGCCAACAUAUCUGCCUUGCUCCGGCCUGGAGGGUACUUUAUUGGAACAAUGCCUGAUGCUAAUGUUAUUAUUAAAAAGCUUAGAGAUGCUGAAGGAUUGACAUUUGGAAAUAGUGUGUACUGGAUUUCUUUUGAUGAGGAAUAUGCUCAAAAGAAGUUCAACUCUUCUAGCCCUUUCGGCAUUCAAUACAAGUUUCAUUUGGAGGAUGCUGUUGAUUGUCCAGAGUGGAUCGUACCAUUUAAUGUUUUCAAGUCACUGGCAGAGGAGUAUGAUCUCAAGCUCGUGUCUGUAAAGAAUUCACAUUCUUUUGUCGACGAGUUUCUGAAAAUGCCCGAGUUUACCGAGCUAAUGAGGCGGCUUGGCGCCUUGGGUGAUGGUAACCAGGAUCGAAGUACAUUGUCACAGGAUGAAUGGGAUGCCGCGUACCUCUAUUUAACUUUUGUAUUGCAAAAGGGUGGUGAAUCUACCCCAAGAAAGAGGAAACGUGAUAACAGCAAUAAAGGAAAAAUGUGCAUAUCUGAGGAAGACAUUGAGAUCCUUGAUGGUGAUGUUUGAGCGAAGCCAUUUAUUUAAUUAGGAAGGGGGCAUGACACCAUCUAACACAGUUUUCCUGCUAAUCCAAUCCUUCUGUUGUGUUUUUGUUGCUCAUUCAGAGGAAAUGUUGACUAUCCUUGAAUUAUUCUAACAUAUAAUAGUGAAAAUACAGUGUAUAAUAAUGUAAUCAUAUUUUUCAAUCUGACUUAGUGAAUAAAUU